CUGCGAGGCGCCGCGCCGCCACUGAAAGGGCUUCCCUCGCCGAGGCUCGGAGCACCGCCGCUCCCGGGGAGGCUUCCACCGCCCAAACUCCACCAACACCCCGCAGAGAGGAGCAGGACUGGGGGGCCAUAGUUGAAGUCGAUAAACCGGGCUGCGUUUGAACUUUCCGAAAGUGAAAUGAUGAGAUUUGUGAGUCUUUGAGAGCGGAGCUGCGCCUCCUCCACACACCUGGACCCCCGCGAUGCCCAAAGAGGGCAGGAGGAGAUCCUCUAAGGACUUCCAGGGGCGCAGGGCGGUGGGGAAGGACGCCCCGGCCCCGGCCCCGGCCCUGGCCCCGGCCCCGGCCGGGAUGGAGGCUUCUUCCUGCCGGGUCCCGCAGGUCACCAUCACCCCGGAGGGCGGCGGCUGCCCGCGGGAGAUCCGGCAGGAGGACUGGGACGACGACGCCGUGAACGGCUCCCUGCGCAGGAAGAUGUCCAGCUCCUCCAUCUCCUCCACCGGCUCCUCCGCCGUGGAGUCCGAGGACGACCUGCUGAGCGACGGCGAGAGCAAAGGCAUCGUCACGCUGGAGCAGUACGUGGACGCCGGGGAGAGCAAAUCUUGGUGGAAGCUAAAGACGUACGUCCGCUGGCCUUUCAACGCCGUCCAGAGGAGAAAACUGAGCUGGGUUCAGUUAGCGGGACACAAAGGCAACUUCAAAGCGGCAGACGAGGGCACCAUUCUGAAGAAGUUCUCAGAGAACGAGGUGCAGUGUUUUGAAAAGCUGAGCGAUGAUUCACUGUUCACGUUUAUUCCUGGAUACCACGGCGUUGUGGAAAAAGACGGAGAAGCUUUCCUGCACAUGACCGACCUGCUGACAAGCUUUGACCUUCCUAAUGUGAUGGACUGCAAGAUGGGAGUGAGGACGUAUCUGGAGGAGGAGCUUGUGCGAGCGAGGACGCGACCCAAGCCGAGGGAGGACCUGUACAAGAAAAUGUUGGAGGUGGACGGCAACGGGCCGACGCCCCAGGAACACUGCCUGCGCGGCGUCACCAAGCCUCGCUACAUGCAGUGGAGGGAGACGCUGAGCUCCACCAACACGCUGGGCUUCAGGGUCGAGGGGAUCAAGAAACACGACGGAACAUGUCGGACUGACUUCAAGAAAACCCGAUCGAAGCAGGAUGUCAUCCAGGUUUUUAAGGACUUCGUCAGAGGGGAUGUCAACAUCAUAGAGUCAUAUUUGAGCAGGCUGGCAGAGAUCCGACAAGCCCUGAAUACGUCUGACUUCUUCAAGCAACAUGAGGUCAUAGGCAGCUCCCUCCUCUUUAUCCACGACCACACAGGCAAAGCUCAGGUCUGGAUAAUUGACUUUGGGAAGACGACGGCGUUACCAGAGGGCCAGACGUUACAGCAUGACGUUCCCUGGCAGGAGGGCAACCGGGAGGACGGUUACCUUUUGGGCUUGCAGAGCCUGGUCGACACACUGGAGGCUGUAAGAGAUGAAGAGACCCUGGAGGAGGCUUGUUCAAUAACACCGGAAAACAGCGAAACUACAGAAACACACGGCCAGGGACCUUUGACUUAGACGCGGUGGAAGUAACUCAACUAUUUUAAUGGACUCCACAAAUAUACCUUAGGGGGUCGUUUCAUGUACCUUGUUUUACUUUGGUUAAUCCACAAGAAAAGAAACGUGCUCGUAGAUGAACCAGAUUGAUAAAUAAAGAAAGGUCUGGUGUCGCGAAGGAAAAGCCAAAGAGGUUCCACCCCCGCCGCAAACCCGGGCUCAAGCUGCCGUUUUUAGUGCUAUUUAAUACUCGUACUUAGUGCUGACACUGACACAGAAGACACGAUGGACAGAAGAGACUGGACGAUUGUGCAAAUGCACUGACACUAAUUCAGCUUCCUACGAAGUGAAGAGAAGUGAAAGUGUGUGUGUGUGUGUGUGUGUGUGUGUGUGUGUGUGUGUGUGUGUGUGUGUGUGUGUGUGUGUGUGUGUGUGUGUGUGUGUGUGUGUGUGUGGGGCAGGGGGUUCUGCAUUUUCUGUUUCAGGGACAAGAUGUCAGAAGACCAGAGUUAAAUCACGGGGAGAGCCAGCAGGCUCACACCUCCGCCGUUACUGUCAGAAUGGAGAUAGUUCAGUAUAAUAACUGACAGACGUCAGGGUUGUCCAACUACGACGUGAUAAUACAUCCCAGUAGAGCACCGCACACUCCGUGACCUGCAGACUGUAGUACGUGUGCCUCAGUUUCGGUUAACUUUCUUCAUGUGUAUAGAAACAUUUUGCUUUUUAUUGAUUUUUUAACCUGUAAUCAAACUUGUAAUGAAUACGUCAACACUGCGCGGUAGCACAUCCUCUACGUCGUUAUAAAAGCUCUGAAUGUGAUGAAUGUUGAGAUUAAGAGAAUCGACAUGUUUAUGAAAUUAAAAUGGAGACGUGCAGUUUGUUUUGUUUUCAGCAGUGAAACACUAUCUCUGGAGUUCAGUUCUUCACAUCUUCCUGUCUCUGAGAACAAAAUCUCCUGUAACUGAUAAAACACACAAACAGCCAUUCAGAUAUGGUGGUUUAUUUGGAGCAUAGCUAGGUGAAAGAGUAAAAGAGUGAACGUUGUAUUGAAUAUCUUUGCACUUUUGGUUGAGUCACCCUUAACUUAGACUUAGACAAAAGCACACGAAAGAGAAUAAUUGAAGAUGGUAUGAAAUGAAAUCCUCCAUAAUUUAGGACGUGUGCUGUAAAAUGUGAUGAUACAAGAGUCAUUUGAUUUUCUCUGUAAAAAAGAUUCUUAUUAACUUGGAUUUCUAAAUAAAUCUUCAAUUGCCACAUAAACAUUUUGGUUUACGGCUCAAAAGCAGCUUCAGUAGCUCCGCCUAUGAUUUGGUCUCGUUCUUGGUCAGUUUCUCGUUUUCUCUUGCAUCAUUACUUUCUUGGCUGUGUAAGUUGUUUCUUAGAUCUUUGUAAGGGCCGAGGCGUACUUGUCUCUCAGGCUCCACUCACAACCCCUGCAGCGCUGGUAUCACGCCUCACUGCGCUGUGCAUGACGUGUUAAGAUGUAGUAACAGAGGCGUAUGAACGCAGGUUGAUGGAACUGGCAGUAUGAGACGUGUGCACGAUGCUGCACCUGGGGUAGAAGCAACAACGCAUGGCAAACAUUUUCAUAGAGGAAAGAAUUGUUCACAAUGGGAGCAAGCUGGGGUGACGGAGGUGUGCGGUAGCUCCCUUUCCUCAGAGGAUGAAACAAAACUUGGGUUUGUGAAAGAUGGACUGUUGCU